AUGUCUCAAGCAGAAGCAUUCUGGGCGCCUGGCAUCCUCGACGUAUGUUCAGACGCCAGCAGCGUCGCGUGCGGCCAUCUGUCGCUGCACGACUACCGCAAGUUUCUGUCCCAGCCAGAGGGCAUCGACCUGCCAGACGAACUCAAAGGACGCACACUGAGACGAAAACCUGCUGCGUCUAAUCUGAACCAAGCGCGAACUCGACAAGAGUUCUGGUUCUCCCUCUCCUCACCUCUCUCAUCCGCGCCAUCGAGCCCUCCUCCUCUUUCUUACUCCCAAUCAGUAAUCACCCUGCAGAGUGAUAACGAGACUCAAGAUUCUGUGUCUCCUCUUGGGAGGCCACUGACGACGCCGGCAUCCCAAACAAAGCAACCGAAGGCUUUUAGGGAAACACUGAGCCAAAAUAGUUCCCCGAUUGUUGACCUUUCAUCCCAUAAACGAGCAACAUCGGAUUCUGCUCUGCUGGAAUCAAAAAGACCACGGACUACCAUCAUCCAUGAAGGUAUUCCUUUUGAGAUAAUCAACCCCAGAGAAUCUCUGGACGUGUCAAAUAUAAUUUCUUCGCCGCAUCGUUCGUCUCAAGUGUCUCGAGAGACGAUGUCUUCACCAAAUCGUCCAUCGACCGUCAGGUCAGCCAGGUCGAUCUUGGAAAACUUGCCAGAUGCGAGAGUAUCAGCGUCUGAAAGUCUGAAGUUCCCAAGUCCUUCGCCAGGACUUUUGGAAUCGGAGGACCCUUUCUCUGCACUCCCUCGUCUAAUCGACCUUCCAAGGCGGCCGUCAAACCUGGUAACUCGACCGUCCGUUGAAACGACGGCACGCUCGGCCAGGAAGGCUUCGCCAAAAACAUUGACUCAAAAAGUGUCCCAGUUGUUUGGGAGCUCUGGUGAGACCAGAGGGAAACUUCGGAAACUUUUUUCGCCUAAAAGCAAAUCGAGCGAGCAGAAGAGUCUGGAGACCCUGCCUCGUCCAGAAUCGAACGCAGAGAGUUACAUGGCAGCCAGCAUGGAGCUGAGCAACAUGGGCCAAUGGUCAACGGAUUCGGGUGAUAUUGCUGAUACUGAUAAUCAACCUCAGAAUCACUGCGCACAAGGUCGCGUUGAACUGUCGAGUACAGUUGAUGAAGGUGACCAAUAUGAUCAAUCCGCGACAGGCCCUGUAGAGCAUGUCAGCAAUGAUUCUUUCUAUGACGCUGGCUCUCAGGAAGUCCCCAGGGAAUCUCAGGAUCCACAGCCUGUCUCUGAAAACUUGGUCGACACUGCGCCAGGCGAUACAACUCUGGCGAACGAAGAUGCCACUGAUAGUAUUGCUCUGGUCCGACGUCGACCAAUUCCAGAAAACGCCGAGUAUCGUGCCAACAGGUACCACACUGUAGUGGCUGACGAGAAUUCUUCGGUUCUAUACCAGGAUAUUAUUGGUUUUCUUCAGUUCGACCAGAUCCAGGAUGACCAGGAUCAGAAUGAGGAACAGGACUCCGAAGACUCACUUUCAUCUGUGGCGGAUCGCAAUCUGUCAGACCUUCCGGAUCUUCAGCGAUUUCCUAGUGCACCCAGCACCGAGACUCAGGGCAGUCAGCCAAGUCCGACAGCACCAGUGAGAGAGAGUACUCGAGCCUCGAUUCGUCCGUAUCUGCAGCCGGUGGCUGCGUUUAUGGAGAGAGGAAGUGUUUCUAGUGCCGACUCCCAGAGUGACGUUGACAAUGAAGAGGCUGAACAGGAAGAAGUUGAACAUGAAGAAAUGGAUGAUGAGGGAGAGUGGGAGGAUGUGGAUGAGGAAGAGCCAGAUGAUGAAGUGACCACAGAAGGGAAUCAACGGCCUUCAGAAUCGUUUGAUGCGUUUGGAAAUUGUGAAAACGCCGAGAGAGCUGAAGAGCCGUCUGAACGUCCGGAGGAGCAGGAACAUUACAGAUUGGCACGCUAUAUGACAGGGAGCAGUGUUGCGAACAUCACAAGUCACGACAGUGAUAAACGAGAGCAAACUCCACCUGAGAAUCAUAUUCCUGAACUCCCUGGAAAUACAUGUCAGCUCAGUCUGACACACAGGGACUCUUUGCUCACCCAUCGGAUGCGCUAUGCGAAGGCAAAUUGUGCUUCUGGCAAUGAGAUCAACAGCAGAAGAGCCUUUGAGUCACCUCGUUUCUAUGCAAAUCUCUGUGAAUGGGAACGUCAAGCAUUUUCUUACCAGUCUGAGACCAAUUUGCAUCAGAACUCUGGCAAUAAGGCCAAGAAUGCCCGGCUGCACCUCAAAUGCACAUCACAUACGUAUGGGGAGGCCUCCUCAUUAGUAGAUCUAUACGCAUGGGGAGGCCUCCUCAUACACAUCUGGGGGCCUCCCUAUUAG